AGUGCUCCAAAGGCUUCAAAACAAUCCUGAUUUUAUUGACAGUUUUUUGCAAAUUUUGACUGAAAUGAUUGAGGAGCACGACGACCGGGAAACAAUAUGCGACUCCGUAAAUGCGCUUGUAGAAGGAUGUAAAUUACCGGUUAAAAUGCACGGCACUGAUGAUUGGCCACAAGCGGAAAUCAUAAGCAUCAAAGACGUCCGUGGAUUCAAAUGCUAUUAUGUUCAUUACGUAGAUUUCAAUAAAAGGUUAGACGAAUGGGUGACGGAAGACUGUUUGGACACUCGGAAAGUCCAAUAUCCACACCGGGAUGUGACGGCUCCAGGCACCGGCGCUGCCACACCGAAAAAACAAACACAGAGCAGACCGCCCAGUCCAGUUACCAUAAGCACCGAACCGGUAAACGGAUCUGCUGUCCUUCAAGCUGCAUUACAGAAAAAAAUAGCCAGGAAAAGAAAAGCCACUUUUUUGGACAACGAAGACUCCCAAGAAGCUCCCUUGCCUCCUCCACCUUUAUUGCCCUCUGGCGAAUCAAGUAUGGACAUUUUUUUUAAAAAUUUAUUCUUUCAAACGACAGACUUCUGUCUGUACAAUAAUUUCUACUUGUAUCUCACCCUAGUUAAUUUUGUUCUAGAAUGUAGACCAAUAUUUUCAAUUAAUAGUGCGGUUAGAAUGGGAGUUUCCAGCAGUUCGAUGAUCCUCUUCCUAACAGCGAUGUCACAAGAUAACAGCUGA